AUGUCUGGUGACGCUGAUGGCGGGAAGCGCCAGCGCGUCGACGGUCCGGCUGCCGCAGGUGAGCUGAGGGAGAUGGAGAGGAUGGGGUGAAGCAUGGUAUGAACAGAUCAUGUGCUGUGUGUUGUCAGAUCAUGGGAUGAGUGGGAUGUCAUCGCACCAGCAGAUGGAUGCCGCCCAUGACGCAUCGGUGGGCGGUCUGUCCCAUACACCUUGGACAGCCCUCUGUGCGCCACCAUAACUCUGUCUUCUCUGUCUGUGUGCAGGCGGCCGGCGACAGUCUCAGUUUUGAGGAGCUGCAGCGGCGCUUCUCAGUACUGCUGGCACAAGUGACACAGGUGAGGACGCGAUGACGAUACACAUCCACACACACAGCUCGGCCUUGUGUUGGUCAGGUGGAGUGUGAUGUGACGACCAUUGAAGGCUCGUUCGUCGCCAAUGUCGAAGCCCAGGUCAGAGCCUUCAUCCCAUCACCACCGCCGCCAUAACUGGUUCCUCUCUGUCUGUGUCGAUGGCCUCAGGUGCCCUCUGUUGCUCCUCACUGGUCCACCCUCAAGAGCAGCAUCUCGGCCGCCUCUGACGCCCUCACCGCCAUCACACAAGGCAUGGCGGCCCCUCACUCACCCCAGGCCCCUCCCUCACACCCCCACCCCUCCCUACCAGCCGCCCAUGCCCCCACUCAGACCACAAACAAUACAGCUGCAGACGGCCUGCCGCCUGAUGUCUGCCGCGACGUGGUCUACCCGAUGCUGUCGGUGGAUGAGGCCGUCUGCUCGGCCCGCCGCAUCAGUUGGGCACACGGCAGACAACUCGUCAAUGAGGCCUUCAUUCAGAGCCGCGUCGACAAGCACCUCACGGACAACAACCUCACCGGCCUCAUCGACAUGCAGCGCCCGACACUUCAGUACUACACCAAGUGCGCAUAUGCACUCGAGUACGGCGGGGCGGUGUGGUGUGAGUGGCCCGACUUCAUCCGGCUGGCUGACAUCUACAAGCUGACGCCGUCGACUGGUUUGCUGCCUUUGAUCAUGUCGCCCCAGUGGAUGGCGCAGCACUUCCGCAGCAAGAGGGACUUCCACUCGAUGCCCGCGGCCCUCCGCCAGUACAGCACAUUCGGCCACCUCCUCAACUACCGGGGGACCAGCCUGGCGCUCACAAAGGUGGAUGAGGCCGGUGAUAGCAAUGAGGGCAAGAAAGAGGCCAAGAAGGAGGGGGAGGGUGGGGUGACGCGGCAGCGGUAUCGCAUCGGAGACGGUGGCGUCACCCUCCAUGAGUUCGAGACGGUGCCGCUGUCCGCCCUCCCUCCCGACAGCCCCGUCCGUGACACAUAUGAUCCCCACAACCCGCCCAUCCGCCUCGGUCUCCCCCUCUCCCCUUCGUUCACGGCCUUCAUGAAAAGGAUGGUCUUGGACAUGUGGCGUGACCAAGAGAGGGUGGGUCAGAAGCAGGUGUUCCGGGUGGGAGGGGGCGGUGGUCAUGAGGGCUAUCGGUCGCUGCUGACCUGUCCCAUCGACGGCCACACCACCAUCAACUUUCAUCUUCACCGCCGAGGAGGGGGAUCGUCGGCGACGGCGACACAUCAUCCUCAAGGGCAUGAGGGAGGGCGACACCAUCUCCGCCCAACUGUACCUGCACAGUGGUCACAUCCAGCUCUACACGACCGAGGUGGAGCUCGAGGGCCACACGCGGCUGUCUGACCAGUUCCCCAUCGCGAUGUCCCUGGUCCGCCCCCUGCUGACCAAACACGGACUCGCCCACAUCAUACCCAUCAUGCCGCAGUAGAGAAGACCACACAGGUGAGCCAAGGGGAGGACAACAGGCAGGCAGUGCCACAGAUGGUGGUCUGUGUAUCUUGUGUGUGUGUCUGCGUGUCUGUGUGUGUGAUGGUGUGCAGGUUGACUUGUUCCGAGUAUUGGCUGAGAGUCUCAAGUAG